CGCCCGCGCAGCCGCUGUUGCAGCCGCCUCCGCCGGAGCGAGGCCAGUGUGGGCCGAGUCGCCGGAGGCGGAGGUUGGGAUGAGGCGGCCGGAGGGCAGAGCGGCGGAAGGAGCCGGAGGGGGAGGCCCCGGACCCUCCAGAGGCGGCCGGGAGGAGCGAGGCACAUUUAAAGCCUAGCCUCUCACUUUUAAGAUAGUGGGUAACAGCAUAAUGCCUAGAUACUUGUAAGAAUGGCAGCAUUAUUCCCUUCACUGCUACGUUAUUUUCGGAUAUAGUGGUUAUAAUACUGGGAAAGAAGACUGAUGACUUAAGCAACUACUAUGACAGAUUAUUCACUCAUGUAACAACACUGUUCUGGAAAGUUAUAAUUUCAACAUUGUUUAGAAUUUGGCUAACACGCCAUUACAAAAUGAAUCGCUACACUACCAUGAAGCAACUUGGGGAUGGAACUUAUGGCAGUGUGCUGAUGGGGAAGAGCAAUGAAUCAGGGGAGCUUGUGGCCAUCAAAAGAAUGAAAAGAAAGUUCUACUCUUGGGAUGAAUGUAUGAAUCUGAGAGAAGUCAAGUCUCUGAAAAAACUUAAUCAUGCCAAUGUGAUAAAGCUGAAAGAGGUUAUUCGAGAAAAUGACCACCUUUAUUUUGUCUUUGAAUAUAUGAAAGAAAAUCUCUAUCAGCUAAUGAAAGACAGAAACAAGUUGUUCCCUGAGUCUGUCAUCAGGAAUAUUAUGUAUCAGAUACUGCAAGGGUUAGCAUUCAUACACAAACAUGGAUUUUUUCACAGAGAUAUGAAACCGGAAAACCUUCUCUGCAUGGGCCCAGAACUUGUUAAAAUAGCUGAUUUUGGACUGGCUAGAGAACUGAGAUCUCAGCCUCCAUAUACUGAUUAUGUUUCCACUAGAUGGUAUCGUGCACCUGAGGUUUUACUGAGAUCUUCCAUUUAUAGUUCUCCUAUUGAUGUAUGGGCAGUCGGCAGUAUCAUGGCUGAACUGUACACACUAAGACCACUUUUUCCAGGGACAAGUGAAGUUGAUGAAAUCUUCAAGAUCUGUCAAGUGUUAGGAACACCAAAAAAGAGUGAUUGGCCAGAAGGAUACCAACUUGCUGCUGCAAUGAAUUUUCGUUUCCCUCAAUGUGUUCCUCUAAACCUUAAAACUCUCAUUCCAAAUGCCAGCAAUGAUGCAAUACAGCUUAUGAGUGAUAUGCUGAACUGGGACCCAAAAAAGCGACCUACUGCAAGUCAGGCACUGAAGUAUCCUUACUUCCAAGUGGGCCAGGUUUUAGGACCACCUCCUCAACAUCUGGAUCAGAGGCAGUCUCAUUCCAAAUCAUCUCAAACAGCAGAGCCGAAGCCAUGUCUACCCAAAAUAGACCCUGUAUCGAAACUAGAAUCUGUAUCUAAACCAGAAUCUCAGUCUUCACCAGAUGCACAUGACAUGUUUCAGCUGCAGUAUCUGUCAAAGAAUAAUCAACAUCCCCUCCAGCCAAUUCAGCUGCCACAGAAUGCAAGCAACCAGCAGCCAUCAAAACAGCAGCAGCCACAGCCAUUCCUUCCUGCCAUUAGUAAAAAUUCACCACCAAAGCCAGUGGUCACAGGACCUUCAACUGGUGCAGUGGGCCUGAAAAACUGUCGACGUCGAUGGGGUCAGACUGUGUUAAAGACCAUGGAUAGCUGGGAUGAUUUUGAUGAUGCAGAAUUUGGAAUUUCAUAUUCUAAGAAACCCAGCAUUGCUAUGUCAAAGGAAAGGAAAACAAAAGAAUCUCUUUUUAGUGCUUCUGAAUCCAAAUCACCUAGCUCUGGCCAGACAGGAGGGGAAAACAAGGUUCUGAAGCGAAAUGAUUCUGGAAUAUCAACUACAUCAGCAAAACAGUACUACUUAAAACAAUCAAGAUACCUCCCUGGUGUAAAUCCUAAGAAUGUUUCCUCAGGAGCAGCUAAUAAAGAAGGUUCCCAUGGUAGCUGGAGCAAUCCCUUGUUUUCAAAACCAGUUGGAGGCCUGUCUUUCAGUCGAAUCAAUGCAGAAGAAAACUUAAUUAAACCAGUUGAAAAACUAUCAUUUAAAGAAAGAGUGAAUGAAAAAUUAGAGGAUCCAAAAGGAAAUCCUGGCUUUGUAGGUGCUGCUUACAGUGGCCCUGCGGGAUAUAUCCCUUCUUUUCACAAAAAAGAAGUUGGUUCAGCUGGUCAAAGGAUACAACUAACAUCUCUUCCUCCUUCAGCCACAGAAUAUGCAGAAUAUGCUUGGAAAACAAAAGCUGCCCGUGCUCAGUUACACGGACCCACUUACAACCCAGCCACAAAAGGCAUGAACAUUUUAACACGUCCACAGGCAGUACAACCAGUGCAUGGAAGAACUGACUGGGCAGCCAAGUACGGAGGGCAUCGAUAGAAGUGCUUUUUCAGACCACAUAUGCUUACAGUGACUAUUUAUAUCUCCUUCACUCUAAGACACUUUAAAACACAUUUCUACUAAUAGAAUAUCAAUUCUGGAAAGAACUGAGAGCUUGUAUUUUAUUACGUCGAGGGGAAAUAAAUGCAUUUUCCUUAGAUGGUUUUCUUCAAAACAGAGUCUCUAAGAGUUAGAGUUUUGGUUUUGUUUACAUUAAAACGUAUUUUGUAAAGGAUCUUGCCAAAGCCAAUGGGUAUUGGAGCUCCUACUAGGAGGAUGGUAAGUUUUAUUGGAUCACUUUGAUAUUUUCUUAUAAAAAUUCAUUAGAUAAAUUAGCCAAUUGACAGUUACAGCUACAUUAUAUUGGAGUGCAAUAGAUGGAUAAAAGGUGAAGUAAGGAAUAACUCUUAAACAGAUGUGCUUUCAAGACAUUUUAAAAAUGAUACAAAAUGAUACUAUUGUAUUUUUUUAGCUAGCUUCAAAAUGUCCAGUGACUGAACCCAUAAGUAGUUGAUAAACCCACUAAUAUAAUAAUUUAUAGAUGUGAUGGAUCUCCUUAAAAUUUUUGCAAGCAUUGUAUGUCCUAUGAAAGUUUGUGUGAAGGUUUUAAAACAUACAUACUAUUUCCCUUCUUGUUUGCACACAACAUGUUUCUGAGUCUGACUGUACCAUUUACAGAACUAGUAGUAAAAAGAUUCAUCUUUUGAAUUCUGAGCUACAGAACCUCAUGUGCUUUAGUUUACCAGCUUGGCACUUAAAUGCACAGGAAAUGUGUAAUCAUGAAAUCUAGAAGUUUGACACAUGGAAGGAGCCACUUUUCUUGUGAUCACUUUGUAGGUAUGAUCCUACAACAUAGAGUCUUCAGGCUACAGCUUUUAUAUCCACCCCACCAUUUCCCACAAUUGUCUCCCUUCCUUUUAUGAAACAGGAUUUUGCUGUUCUUACACAAAUCAUUUGCAGGAGGUCUAAGCCACUAUGUGUAUUUUAUUUAAUAAUUUAAUCACGCAUACUUAAAUGUAGUGCCUUUUCUUGGUAACCAAAAGCUGAACUACAGAAAUGACUACCAGUUGUAGAAGGAAUUGCUUAAACCUGGUAACAGUUGCCAGUUUUUAUUCUUAAAACCUCAUUCUUGUACUACUAAGUUGCAAUACAGAUUAUAGUGUAGCACAGAGAUCAGCCUUUUUUUCCCUAUUCUGUUUUUGAUGCCAUAAAUUACACAGUGGCCCCCUACCUUUUCAGUGUUUUAAUCUAUUUCAUAACCUACUAGACAACAUAAAUCCUUGUUCUAUCACUCUGAACUAGACUGGGGAUCCUUUCACUGUUGGACUCUUAACUCCCAUUAGUCCCAUCAUCAGUAGUGAUGGGAGAUGGGAUCCAACAUCCUCUGGAAAGCCAGAGGUUCCCCCACCUCCUGCUCUAAAUACAAUGUUUUUAUAUUCAACAUGUUCUGUUAAACCUGGCAAGCUAGUUUUUAAAGCAGCAUGUAUUGUACAGUUGUUAACAGUUGUAAAUUGUUUAAUGUAUUUUUAGAUUAACAAGUAUUUUUAUUUUUAAAAUACAUUUCUGCUGUAGAGUAUGUUGAUUCAAGACUUGAAAUAGGAUUGAAGUUAAGAUGUGCUCAAAUAUAUUUUCAUUAUUUUAAUAGGUUUUGCUGAUAUUUCAACUCUACAUAUACUGAAAACUUAGUAGUUAAAAGGCCAAGCAAUGUUUUGAGCAGUUUUUUUAAAAUGCUGUUAUGUGAAGAAUGUUAAUUCCUAUACAGAGUUGCUUGGAUUAUCAGACUAAUGUGCUUCAGUCUCUUUAAACUGAAUUAAAUAUGUCACUGAAAUGCUGUCUCAAAGGUUUCCACUUUGAGGUUUCAUGUGUAAGCAUAAAGCAAAACCUUUGCCUCUGUGACUGGGCCAGUUUUCAGUUGAAAAUCAUUUGUUUUAUAAUAAAGUUAACUUCUCAGGAA